UCAUGCCAUUAAAGAGGACAAUGACAGAUUGUUUAAAAAGAUUGAUAUCAAAAUGAAUUGGGAAAAAAGAUUGAAAAUUAUGUACCAGAUCGCAUGCGCAAUAGACUAUAUGCACUCGGGUAAUAAAUUCAGAGGUAAAAUAUUACACAUGGACAUUAAAUCCAACAACAUUGUUCUGGAUGCCAAGUUCAAUGCGAGGUUGAUUGACUUUGGACUGGCGAGAGAAUUGAAAGAAGGCGAUGAGUCCUUGUUGAUGACCGUCACUACUGUAGGGACUCCUGGAUACUUUCCAAUUGUUCAACACAAUCUUCUCACGAAGCAGCACGAUUAUUACAACUUCGGAGUGGUUAUGCUCGAGCUGAUUACCGGUGUAGAUCCUACCGAACACGAAUAUGGGAUACCGUUAAGAAAAUGGCACAAAAGUCUUGUUUUGGAAAAAAAACUGGAAACAGUUUGGAAUGUGCAUGGUGUUUUAGAAAAAGCUGUUGAUCUAGCGAUCAGAUGUAUUGAAAGCAUAGAUACCAAAAACUCUUCCGGGCUAACAUCAACACAAAUAGCAGCAGAAUUACAGGUAUGA